CUGAAGUUCACACUAUUCGAGGGUGGCGUUCGUGGAGUAGCUUGCAUCUAUUCGCCACUGAUCAAAAAUUCCUCUAGAGUGUCUAAUCAUUUGAUGCACAUAACUGAUUGGCUACCAACCUUUUACUCAGCUGCUGGUGGUAACUUGGAGGACUUAGAAGAGAAUCUCGAUGGCACUAAUCAAUGGUCUACACUAGUUUCUGGGGAAAAGAGCAAGCGUGAGACUAUAUUAUUAAAUAUCGACGAGGUGGAAAAUUUGUCUGCAGCUUUGUUGGGCAGAUAUAAGCUAAUUCGCGGAGCGAAACUUAUGUUUGGCGAUUACUAUGGGGACACAGGCACGAGUGAUUCGUAUCCAAAAUACAAUGCAUCAAAUACUUUACACUCGUUAGCGGGCACUGCCAUUGCUAAUAUGUUAAAUUUCACAUUGAAUCCUGAGCAAGUGAUUAAACUUCGAGAACAAGCAAGGAUUGUUUGUAAUGUUACGAUGUAUCCAAAAUGUUUGAACAAGUGUUUGUUUGAUAUUUAUAGCGAUCCUUGCGAGACUACGGAUUUGUCUAGCAAACAUCCAGAU